GAAGCAUAUCCCCCACCAUCGACGCCUAGGAACUGCUCACCUCCCCGCACCACCCUCAGUAAGCAGUCAGUCAUGGAGUGGGCAACACGAAUUGCCGCCAUCCUUCUAGUCUUCGGCAUCUUUGCUGAAGCAAUCCGAGUUAAGAGACAAGACGAUGAAGGUGAGGAAGAAGAACAGUCAGUUGACGAACUAUGUAAGGAUAGGCCCCCAGAUGAAUAUUUCAGGCUGACGGUAACAGGAGAUUGCAGAGACGUCGUAAGGUGCGAUAAGGGUGCAGAAAACGGGAAGACGAGGCUGGCCGGGGUCCGAUGUCCCAACGGAUUGGCAUUUGACAUAGACCGGCAGACCUGCGAUUGGAAAUCAAAUGUAAAGAAUUGUAACGAAUUAGAAAAACCGAGAAAGGUCAUGCCAAUCUUGAAGACAGACGAACCAGUCUGCCCAGAAGGUAAACUCUCUUGUGGAAACGGAGAGUGCAUCGACAAGGAUCUCUUUUGUAAUGACAAGCCAGACUGCAAGGACGAAUCCGAUGAAAACGCAUGUACCGUCGAAUUGGAUCCCAACAGAGCACCAGAUUGUGAUUUGACCCAAUGUCUUCUCCCAGACUGUUUCUGCUCUGCUGAUGGAACUAAAAUCCCAGGAGCAGUUGAACCAAACCAGGUCCCACAGAUGAUCACAAUCACCUUCAACGGAGCCGUCAACGUCGAUAACAUCGACUUGUACGACGAAAUCUUCAAUGGCCAGAGACAGAACCCCAACGGCUGCCAGAUCAAGGGAACUUUCUUCGUGUCCCACAAGUACUCCAACUACGCUGCCAUACAAGAAUUGCACAGAAGAGGAAACGAAAUCGCCGUUUUCUCUCUGACCCAUAAGGACGAACCCAAAUACUGGACCGGAGGUUCCUACGACGACUGGCUCGCUGAAAUGGCCGGUGCCAGGUUGAUCGUUGAAAGGUUCGCCAACAUCACCGAUGGUUCCAUCAUCGGAGUCAGAGCUCCAUACCUCCGUGUGGGUGGAAACAAGCAGUUCGAUAUGAUGGCCGAUCAAUACUUUGUCUACGACGCUUCCAUCACAGCAUCCCUCGGCCGUGUACCAAUUUGGCCGUACACCUUGUACUUCAGAAUGCCACACAAGUGUAACGGUAACGCUCAGAACUGUCCAUCAAGGUCUCACCCCAUCUGGGAAAUGGUCAUGAACGAACUCGACAGGAGAGACGAUCCAACCUUCGAUGAAUCUCUUCCAGGUUGUCACAUGGUCGACUCUUGCUCCAACAUCCAGACUGGUGAUCAGUUUGCUCGUCUUCUGAGGCACAAUUUCAACAGGCAUUUCAGCACCAACAGGGCUCCAUUGGGUCUCCACUUCCACGCCUCCUGGUUGAAGAGCAAGAAAGAAUUCAAGGACGAACUCAUCAAGUUCAUUGAAGAAAUGUUGGAUAGGAAUGACGUCUAUUUCGUAACUAUGCUUCAGGUCAUCCAGUGGAUGCAGAACCCCACAGAAUUGAACUCUUUGAGAGACUUCCAGGAAUGGAAGGAAAAGUGUGAUGUAAAGGGACAACCAGAGUGCUCCCUGCCCAACCCAUGCCCACUCACCACCAGGGAGCUGCCAGGACAAACCAUCAGGCUCUUCACUUGCAUGGAAUGUCCCAACAACUACCCAUGGAUCCUCGACCCAACGGGAGAUGGUUUCUCCGCUAAAUAGGGCUCAACGCAAUAGAAGCCCACAAUUCCUACUUAUAAUACAUCUCAAAUUUUAAGUCUCUGUGGAGUAAAAAUGAAUCUUUUAGGUGGAAUACACGGUGCGAUAAGAGACUGUUAAAAUAAAAAUAAUGAGAAAUAUUUUUUAAAAAUAUAUUCCAAAAAAAAAAUCAUGAAACAGUAAUGCAUCGUCUAUACAAAUUAUUACAGCUCAGCAGCAUUUUAAACAAUAAUUAUCUAAAUUUUCAUUGUAAAAAUUUUAUAUAAAUUCUGAAAUUUGGUUAUUCCUGAUAAAAAGAAGGCAUGCAAUAACAUUGCCUACUGUAACUUACUUGCAUACUUAUUUAGAUGUGUAUUUUGUAUAUUCGAUGCUCUAUUGUAUAUUAUGCGAGAGGUAGACUAAGGAAAUGUGUAAUAUAUAUUUUUUUAAAAGAGUGCUGAGGGAUUUCGAACCAUGUUAUUAUGUUUUGAUUAUGAAAUGAAUACAAGGCUUUACUUUAGCAGGACAAGAUAACUGAAUCUCGCUAAAUAACUUUAACAUGGUAUCGAAUCACUCGCUCUCUCCAAGGGCAAUUCUGUGUUAGUCUUUGCUCUGUGAAUUCUAAGGCUGUACAAAAAGUAAUUUAUAUAUUUAAAUAAGUAAGUGCAAAUAUGACCGGUUAAGUGUAAAUUUUUAUGACACAACAAAGUAUUGUAAUACUCAAAUAUAAAUAUUAAUAAAUAGUUUUUUACUACCAAUUGUUGUUUGAAUUGAUAUUCCCAAAGUAAUCUCAAUUGAUUUUUAUAUCAG